AUGGCUUCGACCUUAUCUUCUUCUUCCAAUUAUUCUUCUCCCCAGGUUGUUAUAAGUGUAGCCGAAAAGGGAUUGUCUUUUAGCCCACAAAAUGUUACUGUCGCAAAAGGUGAUACUGUUAAAUUCAAAAUAUUUAAAAGUAUGCAUGUAAUCGAUGAAUCCGAUGCACCCGGUCAAUGUAUUAAAUCAACGAAAAUUACAAAGCCACUAAGUUUGAUUGCAAAUGUGCCUGAUACAACAUUAACUUAUGAAAUUACUAGAGAUAAUGGAUCGAUUUACUAUUUUGAUAGUUAUGCUCAACAUUGUUUAAACGGUAUGUGGGGUAUUAUUACUAUCGGCGAUGCCAACAAAAACAAUCCUAAUAGUGAUCCAACAAAGGCAUCGACAACAGCAACCUCACCAUCACCAAGUGAAACCUCAGCCAAUAAUACGAAAAUUGAAAGAACGAUAACUGAUCAGAAUCUUGAUAAUGACUCAAAUUUAUAUCAACGUCUACCUACCUAUCUACCUUCAACAAG